AUGUUCGAUGGAGUCACUAAUGUUUCAAUCUACGGUGGUGUACUUGACGCACAAGGCUCUAGUUUGUGGAAAUGCAAGAACAGUGGUGGCAAAAAAUGCCCUACUGGUGCUAAGACUUUGUUAUUUACUGAUUCGAAUAACAUCAGUAUCUACGGUUUAACGUCGAUCAAUAGCCAGAAGUUCCAUAUAGUUAUCGACCAGAGCAAUAACGUUAAGAUUGACGGCGUUAAAGUUUCUGCUGAUGCGGAUAGCCCUAACACCGAUGGGAUUCACAUCGGGAAGUCUCAUUUAGUGAAUAUCACUAACUCAAGAAUUGGAACCGGGGACGAUUGCAUCUCCAUCGGUCCAGGAUCCACUCGUGUUUCUAUACAAGGCAUUCAAUGCGGUCCAGGCCAUGGCAUCAGUAUUGGAAGUCUUGGAAGAUCAGAGGACGAGCAAGGAGUGGAGAACGUGCUGGUGAGUAACGUGGAUUUCACGUCAACGGAUAACGGAGUAAGGAUCAAGACAUGGGGAAAAUAUAGCAAGAGUUUUGUUAGAAACAUUGUUUUCCAACAUAUUAAAAUGAAGAUGGUGAAGAACCCUAUCAUCAUUAACCAACACUAUUGUCUUGACAAACCUUGCCCUAAAAAGGAAUCUGGAGUUGAAAUAUCGAAUGUGAGAUAUGAAGAUAUACAAGGGACAUCGAAUACAGAAGUGGCGGUUAUGUUGGAUUGCAGUAGGGAGAAACCAUGUACCGAUAUUGUAAUGCGCAAUGUGAAUCUCGUCUUGCAAAGGAUUAAUGGAUCGGCUCAGGCUUCUUGCAAUAAUGCAAAUGGAUUAGCAAAUGAUGUAUUUGAAGGGUAUCAUCAGCAGAACUUUGAGAAGAAUCUGCGGAAGUGUUCUUGGUCGCCUGAUGGUGCUAAAGUCACUGCUGGUAGCGCGGACCGUAUGGUUCAUGUAUGGGACACAACCACUCGGCGCAUUCUCUAUAAGCUCCUGGGACAUAAAGGCUCUGUUAAUGAGUGUGUGUUUCACCCUACUGAGCCUAUCGUUGGUUCUUGCAGUAGCGACAAAGAUAUCUUCUUGGGAGAGAUCUGA